GCAUAGAGCUAGGGCCAGGCCUAGCAAGAUAUAUGUUGGUUCUGGUGAAGCUCAUCGUUUACUACUAAUGUUAAUGAUUAUUCGUUUUUAUUUGCCCGGUAGAGUACGUCAUGGAUAGCAUUCGUUUGUAUGGUAACUGUUUGAAUACGGAUAGUAUUGAAUAGAUUGAAGUUUCAGAAAACCAGGAAAUGUCAGAGAAAGAUACCAACCCAUUUGCAGCAUUGAUGCAGCAAGAAGGGCCUUCUGAAAAGGAACCAAGUCUUGAUCAAGAAUUAAGUGACAUGGAUUCAGAGACUGAUUCAGGAGAUGAAGAAAUCCUUAAUCUUAUCUACGAAUCAAACCUCAUCAACAAAGUUUUUCUAAUUACAAUUAAUGAUGCUCCAGUGUCUCCGAGUGAAGGUAUUCCAACCCAUUGUGUUUUUCUUUUCGACAUUGCUGAGCAGAUCAAAGAGGUGUUUGGUCAAGAUUGGACCAUAAUUGAAUUAUCAUCAGCACAACAGGCUGUGUUUGAAAGGCUUAUGUGUCCCAUUCCAUCUGAUUUGGUGAUUAAUACUUCAACUACAAAUCCAGAUCAUGUAUCUGAGAAGGCAGAAGCCGGCGAGGAAUUAGCGUUAAAGUACCUGUUCGAGUGUUACAAACGCCUAUUGAACCUAAAGGAAAGUGGUCUUAAAGAGGAGCUGUUCAACAAAUGUGAAAGCAUCAUCGCCUCUAUUGGUGCUACCUGUCUUCUAACACCUGCUGUCAUCAACAAUCAAAAUGUACAUCAACAAGUCUUUGACAUAUUCAUGAGGGAGUUCAAAAAUGACAAUUUUAGUGCAAGUGCCCAGUUUUUUAAACUUGUUGCAGAACAAGUAAAUAGUGAUGGAAUGUCUUGUACAGAUGCCUUCGGCCCUGUUUUAACAAUUCUCCAAGAAGAGAUGAAGAAAGAACCCGGGCUUAUAAACUCCCUCAACUAUGGCUACUGCGGUAUCAUUUGGUUUUUUAGCAACCCAGAAUAUUUGGCAGAGGUUCUUCUAAAUCACAUGACUCCGGCAGAUCUAAAUAGUGGGAAAGCCUACGAGGAAUCCAGUUUAGGAAAACUUCUCUGCCUCACAUGUCUAUACAAUAGGAAUGAUGGUGGUGAUAGUUAUAGAUUCUUCGAAAAGCCCUCAAGAUACUCACAGCAACAACUCAGCAGUACGCAGUCCCAAAUAUGGCAGCUUACAUCUCUACUUAAUGCUAAGGUCCACGAGAUCUUUAUCAGUAUUUGUAAAUCAUCUGUGGAAAACAAACAUAGGCUGCUCGAAUGGCUUGGGAACUGUAUGAAAGCUAAUGCAGGUCGAGGCAAAAUUUGGUCACUUCAGAACCAGAAUGCAUCGGAUGGAUUCUUCAUGAAUAUUGGCGCUGUGCUGCUUCACAUGUGUCAUAAGUUUGCCACACCAAACUCGCCCCGAAUGCUCUCAAUCGACUUCAGAUACUGCAAAGUCGAUGUGAAAACUAGCGAUGAUAUGAGAGCCAAAGGUGUACACUUAAAAGAAUUACCAAAAUCAGAUUUUCUCCGGAAGCUUGAUGAAGGAGAAUCAAUUGCCGAAAGCCCAGAUACAUUCAACUUUCCGACCGACCUUUUCUUUCUGACUCAUCGUUGCUUACAGCUAGGUUUCAAUGUGCUACACAGUCGCUUUAUGAAAGUCAACAGAGAAUUGCACCAAUAUCAGCAGGCUUUCCAGGAACAUCAGCAGCUUCUUAACACGGCAAGAGCCACUGGUGUCUUAGAAGAGAUACAAGAAAAAAUGGAGAAAGCUACAAGCGUAUUCUUAUCAAUGAAAGCUGCUCUCUGUGAAACCAAAAUGACCGGCAACUGCAUGCAGUUUCACACAGCGACUGCCCAGCUUCUUGUUCAGUUUGCUGUGACAGACGAUCUCUCCAAGCAUGUUGCACCAUCCUUGCCUGUACGCGAGGAUAUUCCAGCCAUCUUGGCUUGCGUUCCAGCAUUUGUUGUUGACAACUUAGUAGAUUUUAUGCUCUUUGUACGUCGCUUUCAGGAACAAAAAUUUGAAGAAAUCGCUGAAAAUUUGGAUAGUGUACUGAGCUUUAUUAUCCUGUUUAUGGGUAAUAAGAAAAGAAUCAAUAACUACCACUUGAGGGCCAAACUUGCCGAUAUCUUGGAUGGCCUUCGGCCUAACUUUGAUACUAGGAUAAGGUCCAACAUAGUGCCAACUUAUCACAGACAGCGGAUAUUCAAUGAACACCCUCUGAGGAUGUUGCUAUCCAGAUCACUCCUCUCGAUCUUUAACGACAUAGAGUUCUCUGGAGACGAGCAUGCAUUUGAACAGAAGUUCAACUACCGGAUGCCAAUGUACAGAAUUUUACACUAUCUCUGGUCUCUAGAAGAACAGUGCAAGUGGAUCAAGGACCUGUCUGAAGAAGCUAUGUUGACAAUUGAAGAUCCUGUUCCACCGCUGUUCGUCCAGUUUAUCAACCUGCUGAUUAAUGAUGCAAUCUUCACCCUUGACGAAGCUAUGGACUAUCUGAAGAAGAUUAGAGAGUUGGAGAUGAAAAAAGAAAGCGCGGAAUGGGAGGAGAUGCCAGCUUUUGAGCGAAUACAGCAUGAAAACAAUCUGAGAACACAGGGCAGCAUUGCAAGAUUCUUUAACACAAUGGCAAACGAGUCCAUUAAGGUUCUCAGCCACAUCUCAACUGAUAUCAAAGAUGUGUUCACACAUCCUUCAAUGGUGGACCGUGUGGCAGCUAUGUUUAAUGACUUUCUCGUUAAAUUAGUCGGGCGAAAGAUGGGCCUGUUGAAAGUCAGCAAUUUUGAAGAAUAUGAGUUCAACCCAAAGCAGCUGGUGAAAGACAUAUCACAGAUUUAUGUCAACCUCGGCGACAGAGACGAGUUUUGUGAAGCAGUUGCCCGUGACGAGCGAUCGUACACACCUGGUCUGUUCAUUCAGGUAGAAAGGGUGUUGUUGAAAAUCUUUGCACCGUCGUCUGUGAUUGAGGAGAUCAAAGUAGUUGCUACUAAGGUCAAGAGUAUGUCUAUGAUGAAGGAGACAGAGGAAGAAUUGUUUGCUGAUGCCCCUGAUGAAUUCCUUGAUCCUUUGCUCUCCAUACUUAUGUCAGAUCCUGUCUUCUUACCGACAUCUAAUCAGACAGUAGAGAGGAGCACCAUCCAACGACACAUUAUGAGUGAUCCUCAUGAUCCUUUUAAUCGAAAAGACCUUACUAUGGAUAUGGUGGUGCCGAACGAUGAACUUAGGAAACGUAUAGAAGAGUGGAAAAAAGAGAAACUCAAGAAUUCCUGAUGAUACAGCAUACAAUUUUAUUAGUUUCAUAAUUCAUACAUUUAUGUCUCUCAAAACUCAAACGUAAGUGUCUGGUAGUCAAAAAGGGAACAUGUUCCUGUACAAGAUGGCUACCAGAGGAUCCAUUAAUCCAAUAUUUCUGGCUAAUACAUGUCUCAUUUUUUAGUUACUCAAAAUCACCUUGAGGCAGUUUUCAUUGUGGAAGGCACUAUAAAACUGCAUCACCAUUGACUAUUGUCUGCAGCAGAGUUUCGAAAAGUCCAAGUUUAGAAAAACCACAUCCCAGAUACUGUGCUUCACCUUUAUUUUUCUUCACAUGAUUACCGAAACCUGUGCCUCAUACACCACACUGAUCAACCCUGAAUUUUAUACUUGCAUUGACAAGGUUUGAACCUCCUACAUACGUCGGGGUGAAGGGGCGAAAGUGGCUUAAUCUCUCACUAGAGCAGUGAGGUUCUCUCACUGACCACCUAUCGCCAGACUAUAAAAAAUAUUUCAAGGUUCCAGAGCCUUGUGUUCGGCAUUUCAAUCCAUCACUGUGCAUUUCCUUGUAUCCUUGAGCGAGACACCCGGUCCCCCCCGAAUCGGCCCCUGCAAAUUAAUUGCUCUAGAGUCUUAAGGUGUGGAAUUUAUGUGGAGCGUAAUUAUAAGUUAUUUAUGCACUUAUUGAAAAUGCCCAAUCAGCAAACAGAGUUUUAAAGCAUUUGUUUGACAAGUGUUCGAGAGUGUGGUGAUCAGGGUUUCCUGAAGCCCGGUCCAGACUAUCAAAUAUUAUUUGAAUAAAAAAUCUGUUGUAUGCCCAUAUAUAGUCAUGAUGUGCCUAUAUAUGGUCAUGAUGUGAUGUCAUCAUGACCAUAUUUAGGCAUGUGACAUGUUUUUGUCUUUAAAAUACUUGUUUAUCAAAGAUGUACAGUGACUAUCUGUCAUGCAAAGACACUUUUGACGAAUGCACAACAAGGACAUACUGAUAUAAAAGUGCAAUAGUGCGUGUAGGUUCUAGAGGGCGUAGUUUAGGAUGGGGUUAAAGAAGAUAUAGUACUAAUCAUGAUAUUUGAAAGUAUUGGACACAAUUUCUCUAAAAUAAAAAUUAAAUUAUGUCUUUUUUUUUUUAAUACAUUACAAUUUAAAUAUGACUACAUUUGAGACAAAUAUAAGGCAGACACCUCAAAACCUGAUAAGAAAUGGCCAAACCUCUUAAAAGUAUUGUCCUUCAUUAUCAUUCUCAAUACUGCAUACCUAUACAAUGUUAAAUGAAAGACGGAGUGGUUCUUGAACAGGUAUGCAUUUAAAGAUAAACUAUAUAUAAAAAUCAAUAUCAUUUUUAACGAUUUUUAGAUGAUACUGUAGUUUGUAACUAACCCUCCAACUUGUAGCAUUUUAGAAUUCUUUAGCUCUGUAAUCUCAAAUAAUACGGUGUUGUAUGUAAAAGUUAAAAGAUAAACUAUAUAUAUAUAACUCAAUAUAAUUUUUAAUAAUUUUUAGAUGAUAGUUUGUAACUAACUGUCCAACUUGUAGAAUUUUAGCAUUCUUAAGCUCUCUGUAUUCUCAAAUAAUAUGGUGUUAUGUGUAGAAGUUAGUUAGCACAGGUAGUUCCUACUUCAAUAGUAUAAUAUCUCAGCUACAAAUGCUAUGUUUCUGCAUAGGUGGUAUAAAGUUUAUGUACAAAAAAGUGUGAAAUAUAAUCUGGGUUUAUAGUGUACAUUUUUAAGUAACCCAUUUUAAGUUUGGUAAAAUGGUUACUAUGGCUAAUAACAAAUGGAAAAGUUUAUGUAGAAAGUUUAUGUAGAAAUUUAUUAUUAUAAUAUAUUUAUUUACACAGACUAACCAUUGAGUGCUUUAUUAUCUUAUAUGUUUAUGUGCGCAUACGAAAACUUGUGUACAUCAUAUUCCUGCAUUUUAACUAUUGAGGGCGGCUUUUGAAUUUGUUACGAUCAUUAUAGCACUGUAAAUUCGUUACCAUCAUUUUUAACCCGAAAUCGAAUUGCUGUAUUUUAGUUGAGUAUUGUACUUGAAAAUUAAAUAUGGUAACAUUUACCAGUUCGACAUAUUAGUAUCAACCAAACGGUUAUCGAAUUGCAAUUCAAAUAAACAUUUAUUUUCUUCAUAAAAAGUAAACAGUAACAGUAGAAACAAUUGGAUGGUAAUUAAAGAGGGCACAGCCAAGAAAGCAAAUGCUUGUGAGGCAAGCCUGAAAGCAAAUAAUAAUAAUUCAAUUUCAAAAAGUAAUAAAAAGAGUAACAAUAGCAAUAGUAAUUAUAAUUAUUAUUAUUGUAAUCAUAAUCAUAAUAAUUUUAUAAUAAAAUACGGGAGACAAGAGACAGCGAUACAGAAAACAAAAACAAGUGACAGAAAUAAAAACGAAACACAAAAAAACAUUAGACAACCGAUCGUCUAUAGACUAUUAGUGUAUACAAAUGGGUAUUUGGUUUUUUAAUUUUUGCAACUAAAAGUGAUACUUAAGAUUAAAAGAAAAGCUUUUCUUCGAUUGACAGUUUUUGAUAUGGUCAGGUAAACUAUUCCAAAGUUAGGGUCCGCUAAAUCUAAUACGUUGAAAGAAGUUUUUUUUAUGCUGGGGAAUAUGCAAGCUGAGUGCAGAAUCAAUGGAGAAGCAUAACUGACAACUUAAUCUUGGAGCGGGAAUGCUAGAACGUAAUUUUGUUUAUCGUUUUACAUUGAUGUAAAAUUCAUGGGAAAAUACUAGAAAUUCUAUUAUGCAAAUUGAUUAUUCACAAACUUAAUGUAAUAAAUAAGAAAAAAUCAAAUAUUUAAUUUCAUUCUAGUUAGAAAUAUGUAAACUUAAAAUUAAGUCAUACAAUUGCAAAUAAAUUACCUCGUAUCUAUCUCA